AUAUCCUAACAAUAAAAUACAUCGCUUCAGCCAAGUCAUUAACGUCGUCGUCGUAUACGACAUGCCGAUGAUACUCGAACUCUCCCCACACUUCUUCUUCCCUCAAACCCCAAUCCCAAAACCCUUCAAAAACCCUAAUCUCAAUCUCAUAAUCACCGCCCAAUUUUCUCGGCAACCAAACACCGCCACCUCCGACCGAGGCCUAAUUUUCCGGGAAAAGGUUCUCUACCUCAGAAAACUCAACGUUAACCCCGAAAAAGCAUUUCAAGAAAACCCCACCCUCCGAUCCUCUCGUCUCUCAACCCUAAAAUUGGUGGAACAAUGCCUCUACUCAAUGGGAAUUGACCGCUCCGCCAUGGGUCGAAUCCUCGACAUGUAUCCCGUGCUUCUCACGUGCGACCCUUAUUCCCAAUUUUAUCCCCUCCUCGAUUUCCUCCUCCACGAGGUUCGAAUCCCUUUCCCUCACGUUCAAAAAUCGAUCUUGCGAUGCCCCAGGUUGCUGGUUUCCGACGUUGACCACCAAUUGAGACCCGCUCUGUGUUUUCUGAGGGAAUUAGGGUUCGUUGGGCCCCACUCUCUCACGUGCCAGACCACCCUGCUUCUGGUUUCUAGCGUUGAGGACACCCUUUUGCCCAAGAUUGAGUUUUUGAAGAGUUUAGGGUUCACUCAUGAUGAGGAGAUGAAUGGGGACGUUGCUGAGCUCAAGAGGUUUCCUCAAUAUUUCUCUUUUAGUUUGGAAAGGAGGAUUAAACCUAGGCACACGAUGCUGGUGCAGCAUGGCUUGUCACUUCCUUUAGAAGAUAUGUUGAAGGUUAGUGAUGGCGGGUUUAAUGCUAGGUUGGUUGAAUUACGGUUACGAACACUUGAGGGAGGACAGCAACUGUAAUAGUAGUUGUUGUUGUUGAUUUUGUGAGCUAUUAGUGGAAGUGACAUUGUUUUGCUGAAUUAUAGUGGUUGGUGAAUGAAUGUGUGUGCAUAUAGGUUAGGUUAUGUUAGAGAAAAGGCUGCUUGUGAUUCAAACAACGCAAGAAUUUGGUUGUGAAAUAUAAGGAUUUGGCCCGCAUGCACUUUAGAGAGUAAAGUACAGUUAUGAUUGAUAUUGGAAGAUGAA